AUGCGACUGGUGUGUUGGCUGUGUUUCAGAUUGCUCAAUGUUUGCACUGCGUCCCCUCCGCCCUCAGCAGAUACCACUCCUUCAGUGCUAUGUCAGUGUUCCCGCGCGACUCACCCAGUAGUCCGCCGGAUCACGGAACAUAUGGCCCAAUCGAGGCAGUCCGAGAGGCUCGCACUUUCGGAAAAGCGCCAGAUCACCAUCCCCCAGGCCCCAAGGGGAAAUGACCGCAAUGUAAACUUCAUCUCUCAAGCAACCAUCGUUGGCCGAAUGAAGUUGAGUUGUCUAAUGUUGGAUUGGACCGUUUUACGUAUUAUUUUUUUGUGGAGGGGGUACUAUAUUCGGCAUGUGCUGAAUGAUGCCAUUGCAUCACCUUGCAGUGUUUUGUUCUAUUCAAGUCGCUUGCGUGGUCUACACUGCUUUGCCAUGGAUUUGCCCCCACAUUUGCCUCCCGAGAAGGUUUGUCGAGAACACCUGGUGAGCAAGUCCAUGGGUGAACUACCCAGCUUGGAGCUUGAGGCUUUGGUGGACGUCAAUGAGUUCGUCACGGCGACCAUCCGUGAAUUGCCUUCGUUGUCUUUUGAUCUUGAUGAUGACGAUUUUGCUACCGGGACAUGGUCAGUGGGCGAUGUGGCCGUGAGAUCCAAGAAGGGAUACAAGGGAUCAUUGCAGAGGCGGCGCCGCCUCUUCCGGCGCGACAGUGACCCCCUUGCACUUGAGAAACUGCAGGAGAGUCUGAAGGAGCCAGUCAAGGAGGGCCAGGCACCGAAGCCCGGCUCCUUUGACCUCCUCUUUUCCAACCACCCGGAUCCUGAGAGUCGUCGCCAUUCCAUCAUUCCUGACCGACCAGUUCAGAACGGUGUCCGCGGCGUCCGGUCAUUUCCAGUUAACGACCGGUGGUUGGCUGGUGGCGAGGUGCAUGCGACCUGA